UAGAAAUUAUGUAUCUGAAAAUUAACUCUAGGAAAUAUUGAAUUCGAAAUAAAUUAAAAUAGUUUUCUAUAAAUUGGAAUUUAGUGUCAUAAAAUAAAUGGUGCAUUUGGUGAAUAAACUUUUCUGAAAUUCAAACAUAUGAUAGACCUAUAAAAACCUAAUUUUGAAUUAAAUUUUAAGUGGGAUACUUAGGUUAUUCGAAUAAAUUAAGUUUAUAACAUUGUUUUACCUAGAAUGAACCCACAAUGCUUUUCAUCAGCAGAAAAACUAAUCCCGUCGACGUACGUUCAACAGGCUAUCGGCGCCAAGAGAUCGAGGGAAAAUCAAAUCAGGAUCUUAAUAGAACAGAGGAAGUGGCCUGAUGAAGGAUGGGAUGAAGCCACUAUUGAAUCUUUUCUCUAUGACUUGGCAAAUAUGGAUAGCAAUAACUUUCCUAGUGCUUGUGGGGUAGGUGCCAGAGAAGCAAGGUUUGCCUGUGAACUUGUGGCACGAAGAAACUAUAGAAUGGGUCACGGAAUUGGAAGAUCAGGGGAUAUUGGAGAAGUGCAGCCGAAGGCGGCUGGGUCAAGUCUCUUGACCAAGUUGACGAACGCGUUGCUUCUGGAUGUAAUCAGAUUCAUGGGAGUGAAGAAUUCAGCUGGAUGUUUCAUGGUUCCAUUAGCUACAGGUAUGAGUCUGGUCCUCUGCAUGCUAACCAUCAAGCAAGAAAGACCUGGUGCCAAGUUUGUGCUGUGGUCAAGGGUCGAUCAGAAGUCCUGUUUCAAGAGUAUCCUGACGUGUGGUCUUCAACCAAUCAUCGUAGAGCCAGUACCCAAUGGUGACGAGCUUCGUACAGAUAUCCAUGGUAUUGAAGCCCAGAUAAAUACUCUCGGGUCAAGCAAUAUUGUCUGUGUACUCUCGACUACAAGUUGCUAUGCUCCACGCAGCUGUGAUUCUCUAGAACACAUAGCCGCUAUAUGUGCACGCCAUGAUGUUCCUCAUGUUGUUAACAAUGCAUUUGGUCUUCAAAGUGCUCGUCUUAUGCACCUUAUCACCGAAGCUGCUAGGAAAGGGAGGAUAGAUGCUUUUGUUCAAAGCACUGAUAAGAACUUAUUAGUCCCUGUUGGAGGUUCUGUGAUAUCGGGAUUUGAUAAAGCUCUUCUAGAAAGGAUUUCCCGAAACUAUGCUGGAAGAGCAUCAGCCGGACCAAUCAUGGACAUCUUUAUAACUUUAUUGUGGCUCGGCAGCAACGGUUAUAGGAAGAUGAUUAUGGAAAGGAAGGAAAUGUUCAAGUACUUACGAGAGGAGAUUGGUAAAGUUGCAGCAAAGCACGGAGAGCAUUUGCUUGAAACGAGAAAUAACCCUCUUUCAGUUGCAAUGACUUUGACAAGCCUCACAGCUGGUGGUGAUAGCAAAAGAGCUGCGAUGCUCCACACCAUGCUCUUCAUGAGGGACGUUUCUGGAGCAGCGAUCGUCACAGGGUGCGAUCACCGCGAGAUCGGUCCUUACACAUUUGACACCUGGGGCACCCACAAUACCUCUUCUCAGAAUCCUUACAUAUCAACAGCCUGCGGGGUGGGGAUGAAAAAAGAAGACGUAGAUCUGUUCUGCUUUCGGCUCGACUUGGCCAUUAAUAAGCUGAAGAACAAACCCGUCAACUCUUUAUCGCCACCUACUAUUGAUGAGAUGUUGCCACCCGAUCAGCUGAGCAGAACUAACGAGUCCGGGGACCAGGAAGCAUCGGCUAAUCUCAACAUUAUAACGAAUAAGCGAAUUUCCGAUUGAAUCAUAAUCUUACAAAAUAUAGGGAAUCCUUAUCGUUUCAUCAUUUCAUCGUGUUUUAAUAACAGUAUAUGCAUAUGUGUAUAAAUUAACAUACAUAAAACCAUUUUUUUCAAUUUAAGGUUAAUGUAAUACUUUCAUUUGAAAUUGUAUGAACUUGCGAAAACACGAUUAAUUAAAAAUUUGUUCUCAUAUAAUUCUUUUUUUAAAUCUUUAUAUGUUAAAUAUCUUUAUAUGCUAAACUAUUUAUUAUGUAAGUAAUGGUACAUAAUCGAGGUCAACAUUCGUAGCCAGUUUAUUUUGCAUAUCUUACAACUAUCCAACCGAAAAAAAAUUUGUGCUGAAUUUAAAUUAUUCAUUCGUUAUCACCUGCAUAAAUAAAUCUAAACCAAC